UUCCAUAGCGCAAACACCGCGAACCGCAGGAUCACCGCCAGACAUCCCACAGCAUUGCGAAUAAUGAAGCUGCGACCGUUAUGAACCCAGACAGAUACGAUAUUCGCAAUUGAUAGCUCACGAUCACCUCAACCCUCAAGUAGCCGCCGCAGCCCCUCAUAACCACCAUGUCGAAUGCGCCAGCUCUCCCCGAGCAACUCAUUUACCUCAUCAUCCGCUUCACAGCCUCAGUACCGGACCUCCCGCUCUCAAUACAUACCCCACGAACAAUCGCGACCCUCUCUCUCAAACAGCUCAUCCGCCAACACCUCCCGUCCGAACAUGCCUCGGCGCGCUUACGCCUCAUCUAUGCGGGCAAGGUGCUCGCAGACACCGAGCCAUUAUCGAAGUCCUUGAGAUUACCGCCACCGCCGCCUCCUCGGAAUACCAAAAGCAGCGAUGCCGUGGGAGGAGGUAGCGGCGAAGCCAGCAAGAACAAAGGGAAACAACCUCUACGGGAAACACCCGCGGUCGAAUACGGUACAACCACAGACAUACCAUCCGAAGCAAAGAAAUACUACAUACACUGUUCCCUCGGCGAUGCGCUCCCCGCCCCCGAACUCGCCAGCGAAGCUACACUCGCUCAGAACACAGAGAUAGCGUUGAAGUCGCAUUAUGCAUCUUCCUAUUCUACACCGGGACGGCGCGCAAGUAGCACGACAAUAGACCACAAUGCACGGAGACGUAGUUCAACGGCUACUACGAAUACCGCGAACACCGUGCCCCAAGCUCAAGGCUUCGACAGAUUGCUAAGCUCAGGCUUCACCCGCGACGAAAUCGCUUCCCUCCGUGCUACGUUCACGCAAAACCUCUCCUUCACACAUACACCCGACACGAUGCCCACGCCCGCACAAAUCCGCGUCUUGGAAGACCGAUGGCUAGACUCCUCUGCCAACGAUCCCUCGGCUUCGCUCACAGGCGGUACCGCGGGGACUGGUGGUGCUGGCACGGAUGCAGGCUGGGGCGCGGGGUUUGCGGUGGAAGAAGGUGGGUUGGACGAUAUGUUGUAUGGGUAUCUGACUGGCUUCUUCUUUCCGUUGGGAAGUCUGGUGUGGGGGUUUAGGGAGGAGGGGGUUUGGACGAGGAGGAGGCAGGUUGCUGUUGUUAUGGGGGUUGUGCUGAAUGCUGUUUUUGGGUUUAUGCGGUGGGGUGGGUAGGUUCAAGAUGGAAAGACAUGGAUUAUUGAUACGGUGUCGUUAUAUACCUUCAGAAACACCUUCACCAUGACCAUCGUUCUUGUCUACAUAACGCUAUAGAUGCAAAAGUAUGCCUUGUUCAAGUCACACCACCGAAUACGUACAUGCUACGGGACCUGCAGAUAUUACUACAUGCCGUAGUUACAGUAUAUACAUCACACAAUCACCUGUGUUAUUGAAUGCGCGAAAUAUUCCAGGAUGCGACAAACACCGUUAUCGAAAAUGGUUAUGCUCAAUUUUAACCCGCAGCUUCAUACCACCACUGUCACAUGAGAGAGUCAGAUGUUCUGCUUUAGCUUCAGUGAUGAAGUGGU